UUGUGCGGCCAGGCACAUGCUGGGGCCCCGGCACUCGGUGCUCUCGGUCCCGACGCACCGCGCCCCGUAGCUCGGCCUGCAACGCCUGCAACCGGCACUGUAGAGGACUCGCAGCCCCGCCGCCAUGAUGUCGACGCAGCUGUCGCUGUCGUCGCAGCAGAAGCCGCUGCCGCACCUCAGCAAGGCGGACUGGCAGGCCGGCGUGUGGGCGCUGCGGCAGUGCGGCCAGACGGCGCGCGCGGACGGCUUCGCGUUCCGCAACGAGGCGCGCACACUGCGAAACGAGACGCGCGUCCGCACCAAGUGGGACAACUACCACAACGAAUGCCGCCUGGCCGACCGCGUCACCGAGGUCGGCCGAUGGCAGGAGAUCCUGCGGCGCUGCUUGCGCCAGGUGGAGGCGGAGCAGCGCGACCUGGCCGCCGAGAAGGAGGUGUGCGAGCAGGAGCUGGAGAACAUCGCCACGUGCUUCCUGGUGGAGGCCGAGUGCGCCGCCAUCAUCGACAGGCGCGUCGCCCCGGACCUGGUGGACGCCGAGCGCGAGCAGGAGCUCAAGGAUGAGACCGCGGCGCUGGAGGCCCACAAGGCCAUGCUGACGGAGCGCUGCCACGCGGCCUUCGAGCAGCACAACCGGCUGGAGGAGGCGGCGUGCGCGCUGCGGCAGGCCACGCGCGACCAGGACGACACCCUGGAGAUCGACCACGACAACCUGGCCAGGGACAGGCACUGCGCCAGCAUCACCUUCAAGCCCGACCCGUGCGAGACCGUCAACAACAUCGUGCCCUACGAGUCCUGGCUGGAGCACUGCCGCUGCACCAAGCUGCGCGGGGACAACGAGCUGGCCAGCAGCGCCAAGCUCCGCGAGGCCAUGCAGGUGGCUCGCGCCCGCGCCAGGAACGAUCUGACGGCCCACAAGGACGCCACGGAGUUCGCCAUGCGCAAGUGCGUCUACGAGACGCAGCGCGCCAAGAACGAGCUGGAGUGGCAGAAGGCGAACCUCAAGGAGGCCAUGGCGCGCCUGCACAAGGAGAUCGAGGACCUGACGCGCGCGCUGCGGGACAAGACCGAGUGCCUGAUGCUGGCCGAGAGUCGCCUGGACAACCGCAAGUACCGACCCGGCCUGGAGCAGGCCCGCGACGAGCCCAUGGUGGGGCUGUGCGACGAGGUGCUGCAGGUGCGCCGCACCAUGCAGGAGCUGCUGGAGAAGCUCAACCACGCCAAGGCGACGUACAACGGCAUGGAGGACCUGCUGGUGGCCACCGACAGGGACCUGUCCGGCAAGAUCCUGGCGCUGACGGCGGCCAUCCACUGCCUGGACACGCACAAGCGCUUCGCCAUGGGGGACGCCGUGCCCUUCUCCACGGAGACGGCGCGCAACGUGGCGCUCACCAGGGUGGAGAACGAGGUGCCGCGCCACUAGGACCGCCACUGGGCAGCCAGCACACACUGCAAGCUUGCAGCCAACUUCACACUUCAGGCGCGCUCAUCUCGUCGAGAACGCUUCAUUUUCAUUUGC